UUAUAUUAUCAUUACCAUACCACGAGCCAAUAACUAUCAGAAGUCAAAACCGAGCGUUCUCCUAAUUUCCUCCCCCCUCUCUUUAUCCCUCUCUAAAAUAAACACUAAAGAAUCCAAUGCGUUUGUAAAGAAUCUGCAGCGAGAAGGACUAUUUUAUGCUAAGCAGUUGUUCUGGAAGCCUUGCUUCAUUCCAAGUAGCUAUAUCUUCUGAUAAAUCCCGGAAGGAACUUGUUAAAAGGACUACUAGUCAACAGUUAUUCUGUUAGUGCCGUAGGGAAUGCUCAUUCAGUUUAAAGCCAAUGGAGGUAAAUCCUGUACGCUCCCAUUCCAAUGAGAAGCAACCGUUAGAGCAUUCUACAUCUACCAAUGGAGAACAUGAGCACACAGAAAAAGAGAAGAGUGCUUCCGUGUUCAUCAAUCAUGCUGCAAUUGCAUGGCAUGAGAGCAGAAGAAAGUGGACUGGAGAUCAAUCUCAACAGCCACAAAGAAUGAUUAAGGACCCAAUUAUAAGCUGGUCAACAACCUAUGAAGAUUUGCUCUCAACUCACGAGCCCUUCUCUGAGCCAAUCCCUUUACCAGAGAUGGUAGAUUUUUUAGUUGAUAUAUGGCAUGAUGAAGGCCUCUUUGAUUAAAUAAUCGAUGACAGUGUUUUAAUUCUACUGUAACGGAGACUAUAGAAGGUAAAGAAUACAAAGAUUUUUGACAACCCGAAAAGGCAGCCUGAUUUCUUGAAACUGAUUCUUCCAUGUAAAAUCUGAUAUGGAAAGCCAUGUACCUGAAAUUGAUUUCAAAUUAGACUAGCAAGGAUUUUUCA